GCCUCCCUGAUUAGCAUUGGCAAUCGAUGCGCGUGUGGGUGUGACUGGGAGCAGUUGAACGGAUGUUGUGAUGAAAUAAUUGCGAGGACGAGCGGGGAAAAGGGGGAAACCGUGUCGCACACAGAGCGCAGUUUGUGCCACGUAUUGAUUAUCAUUUGUUGAAAAUGGGAAACUGUCACACCGUCGGACCGAACGAGGCCCUCGUGGUUUCAGGUGGCUGCUGUGGUUCGGAUCAGAAAACGUAUGUCGUGGGAGGCUGGGCUUGGGCCUGGUGGCUCAUCUCGGACAUCCAGAGAAUGUCUCUGGAGGUUAUGACCAUCCUCUGUCGCUGUGAGAAUAUCGAAACCUCGGAGGGUGUUCCCCUGGAUGUGACUGGGGUGGCCCAGGUAAAGGUGAUGACAGAAAAUGAACUGCUCGGUUACGCCUGCGAGCAGUUCCUCGGGAAGUCGGUCAUUGAGAUCAAGAGCGUCAUCCUGCAGACCCUCGAAGGUCACCUGCGCGCUAUCCUCGGUACCUUAACGGUGGAGCAGAUUUACCAAGACAGGGACAAGUUUGCCUCUCUGGUCCGAGAAGUGGCGGCACCCGACGUCGGCCGCAUGGGCAUCGAGAUCCUCAGUUUCACGAUCAAGGACGUGUAUGACAAAGUGGAGUACUUAAGCUCACUGGGCAAAACACAGACGGCUGCAGUGCAGAGGGAUGCUGACAUUGGCGUGGCGGAGGCGGAGAGAGACGCCGGCAUCAGAGAAGCUGAGUGUAAGAAAGAAAUGAUGGAUGUUAAGUUCCUGGCAGACACGAAAAUGGCCGAUUCCAAGCGGGAGCUGGAAAUGCAGAGAGCUGCCUUCAACCAGGAAGUCAACACAAAGAAAGCAGAAGCUCAGCUGGCUUACGAGCUGCAAGCGGCCAAAGAACAGCAGAAGAUCCGUCUGGAGGAGAUCGAGAUCGAAGUGGUCCAGAGGAAGAAGCAAAUCACCAUUGAGGAGAAGGAGAUUGACCGAACUGAGAAGGAGCUGAUUGCCACUGUGAAGAGACCUGCUGAGGCUGAAGCUUACAAGAUGCAGCAGCUGGCUGAGGGACAGAAGAUCAAGAAGGUGCUGACAGCCCAGGCGGAGGCCGAGAAGAUUCGCUUGCUCGGCGAAGCGGAGGCCGGCUCCAUCGAAGCCGUCGGCAAAGCGGAGGCCGAGAAGAUGAGGCUGAAAGCCGAAGCCUACCAGCAGUACGGCGAGGCCGCCAAGACCGCUUUGGUUCUGGAGGCGCUGCCCGAGAUCGCCAGCAAGGUGGCUGCACCCUUGUCCCGGACCAGUGAGAUUGUGAUCCUGACCGGCGAAGGCAGCCGUGUGACAGGAGAGGUGAACCGUCUGUUAGCCGAACUCCCAGUUUCUAUCAACGCCCUCACCGGGGUGGACGUGACCAAGAUCCCACUGCUGCAGAAGAUGACCGGCCAGACAGCCAUCUGAUGAAUCUCAACCCCGUCGGACAUAAACAGUAUCUGCCUCAAGCAUGACAACACUUUCUCUAGCCUCUGACCCACUUAUGCAAACUGCCAGAAACACCAAAUGAGAUUUGAGACCAUUUUCAUGAUUUUACUUUCCAACAGAGAAAAAGAGAAGUUUUGCGGUUUUACCUACUUCCUGGUCAGCCGGGAUUUUAUGCUGCAGUCCCAUUCAAUUCAGCAAGCCAAACCAAAAGCAGACGCGUUGGUUGAAAGGAGGAAAAUGUCAGAGUAAAUGUAUUCUAAAUGGGUUAAGAGAGAAAAUGCUGAUUGCGCUGGAAAGAGUCCAAAAUUCAUUUAAUGUUGAAUCUGAGCUGGUUACAAUUGGCUGCCGUAUAUUUCCUGUUUCUCUACCUCCAAGAGAACUAGAUAAUCCGCUGUUACACUCACCCAGUCUUCACCCCCCCCCCCCCUCUCGUGACUGAAAUAUGGCUUGCAUCAACAGCAUAUUGCCGUACAAGGAUUGUACGAGUAGAACCACUAUUAGCUCAUCGUCACCACUCAAGUGCCCAAAAACGUUUUCGGACAGAACUUCAGCCUCGCUGUGUCAUCCAGAUCCCCUGCCGUCUUGUCACAUCUGCCUUUUUAUUAACACACACAAAUGUUGUUUUAACACCAAGCCAUGUUCAGGAAGGGUCGCCUUAAGUGAGGCCUGGACACACGCCAGGCUCACGCAUCGCUCGCGUAGUUCGUCACAUAGCAUGUGGUAGAUGCUCAGGGCCGUUCCCCCGACUCAAAAUGUUGUCCCUGCCCCCCUCCCCCCUCCCUCUACAAAUUCUCCUGUGCAAAAUAAAUGCGAGUAAACACAUUUUUUUGGACUUUAUUAUCACAGGAAUGUUUACACAGUACCGCUGUGUUCUGUUUUUUUUAACUGAUGAAAAUGAAAAUAGUGCUUAGUUUGUUGUCAUGAAAAACAAACCUUUUACUAACACUAACUAACAAGUGCUGCAUGUGUAACCUCCUCUUGACAAACCUGUGACACACACUAUUUUACUGUAAAGGGAAGUCAAAAUGACUCCAUCAGUCCUGUCGGCACCUUGGUGUUCUGUUAUUUUUGAAACGAAAAUGAAAUGGAACCGUUCACUUGUAUAUGUCACCCAAAUGGUGAACCCCCUGAUGUUGUGUGUUCAAAUCAAAAUACAGUGAACCCCGUCAAUUCACGGGGGAUAACGAUCGAGGCCGACCUCAAAUGGCAAAGAGUAAUUGACUUUUGAAUUGCCUACAGAUGCCACGAGAUGUUGACUGAAGACUCAUUUUGUCUAAAUAAAGCUCCUCAACUCACUUCAAAUUGUUUCCUUGGCACAAAAGAUGCCACCAGGUGGAGUGUAAACACAGCAAAUAGGUGAGUCUUUCCAGUAAAUAAUGGUUAGGCUCAAAAUCAAAAUAAAUAAAUAAAGAAUAACAAUUCUCCAAAAGGGCAAGUUUGUGAAUGCCAAACUGCGAAUAUGCAAGGGGUUCGCUGUAUGUGACGAAAGAGGUGCUGUCAUUGUAACCGACCUUGGUCGCACAUAUUUUAUCAAGCUGGCUGUUAGCUUAGAAGUGGGGUGUAUUGUUUGUAACACGUUUUGUACACAGUGCCUUUGUCAAAGAAGAGCUCAUGACUGCGCUGUGCCUAUUUCAAUCAUACACACGCGUGUCGAGCUGCUGUUCAUUUCCGCAUUCUACGCUACGCGUUGUUCAUUGUAACCUGUCGAUGUGAACGUUGUACAUGCAUCCCCGUCGGAUUUAUUCGUGUAUUUUAUAACAUUCGGUGGUAACGACAUACAUGGGAACACAGAACUGUGUAGCUGCAGGAUUUCGACUAAAAUGUUGCUUUUUUUGUGUUGUUGUUCAUAUCAGCACCUGUUUGUAUUUCAUUACUUUUGGCUGGUAUAUUUGGUGCCAAACUAUUGCAGCUGUGUUACUCCAAGUAUCAUUUUGGAGACCACGUGGAUGAAGACCAAACUUUGGACCCAUGCCUUAAAAUCAUCUUUCAUUUUUAUGUCAUCGAAGACAAAACAUCUCUGUUCUUACCAAUAUUUCAAUUUACGCUUCUCCCAUCUGAUGUUUUGACAAACUGAUCCAGCAUGGCAUUUGAAGCACGUGUUCAUGUUACUCUUGUCGUGUGCCAUCCUCUAAUAAAAAAAAUAUAUAUAUAUAUCGAUAUAUAUACCACAA